UUUUAACAGUCACAUUUAUUAAAAAUGGCAGAAGCAAGUGAUUAUACAUCGUAUUUGCAGAAGAUGGUAAACUUGAAUACUAUAGAUAAAAUGACGAGGGACUUAGAUGAGCAGCUUCAAGGGUCGUGGCAGAUGAUGUCGCAGAUUCAGGCUAUGUUCCAAAGUAUUCCCAAUCAGAACGAAGUGCCCAUGGAAAAUUCAGAUGAUCAGGAAGAUUUAUACAAAUUUCUUGACGCUGAAGUACCGAAACUCGUGAUGUCUGAUAUGGAGAACAUAUCGUCGGAUGUGGAUUUAGACAACAUCAUAGCGUCUAUAAAGGCCCAUGCUGAGAAUUUAAAGAAGAAUAUCUGCGUGUCACAGUCACAAGCGAGUUUCAAGAUGCCCCUCGUGGAAAUGACGAGUUUAGAGUUAGACCAGGACGCUGCCAGCCUGGACCUGCUCAAUAAGCGACUCAUGAAACUCAAAUUGACCAAAAGUGAGGAAGUUAAGAAUAGAAAUCCAGAAUUAGAAGACAAGUUGACACAACUCUGUCAGGAUGUUAACGCUUUCACUCAAGUGGUCCAAACAAAGACAAAAUUAAGCCAGAGCAAUGAAAAUUGGGGGGAGUCUUCAACAGCGGAUACAGCACUGGUCUAUGACGGCAUUGUCAGCAAACUGUUGUCAGGGAUCAAUGAAGUCACAUAUUUGCUGCAGAACAGGAACUAAAGUUGCUGUUACUUUUUAACUUAAGGCUUAUUAUACUAAAUUACGUGCGUGUAAUUUAAUUGACUGCAAUAAAAUCUCAAAUACCUAAUUAGGAUAAUGAACAAAAUAUCGUAUUUUAAUUUGUCACAUUUAAGCUAAAUUGUGACUCCUUUUUUGCAGCUAGUUGCACACUAGU